AGCUGACAGGGUUCAACCCUGUGGUCCUUAGAGAGUCUGUCAGUGAGUCUGCGGGUUGGUCUAAGUGGUGGUGAGUGGGACUGUCCAGUCGCGCACCUAUCACCAUGGAUGACUACCCCAUGUAUGGUUUACUCGUUGGGUUUUCCCUCUGGGGGACCCUUUGGCGUUUCAUGUUUCCGUUGGGAUUCUAGAACACAUUUUCGUGUAGGGUAGAGACCAAGGGUGGUAUGACCACACACCCCUACACACUUGAAGAAGAGGCCAAGGCCGCCGCAAUCCUGAAGGAGAGGAGAGAGGCCAAGAAGAAGGCCCUGUUGGAGGCGCAGGCGACGAAAUUGAAGAAGAUUGAGGAGGAGAUGGCCAGAGAGAAGGAGAGGUUGAAGAAAGAAGAAGAAGCGAAGUUAAAAGAGGUGGAAGAGGAGGAGGAGGAAGAUGAGCAGCCGUUGGAAAGGAGGAGAGAGCAACGAGGGCAGUACAGUGGGAGUAAAAAUGAUGAAAUGGAAAAAAAGAUUUCAGAAUGGGUUGCCAACUUGUCUUUGGGAGAAGAGGAGGCGGUUGCCAUGUAUAUCCCCAAGGAUGAGCAGGAGACCACCAUGAAAGAAUGGGAUGCAGAGGAAGAUUCCCUGAAGCGGCAAGCGAUGGAGGAUGAGAAAAAGAUAGAGUGGAGGUUCAGGAUGAUGAGGGAAAAGAAGAGGAGAGUGGAUGCAGCAAGUGAGGCGGCCAAAGAAUUAGAGCAGGUGAAAAACAUGGGAGAACAAUUGACCGCCCAGAGUGUUGAGCGCUUGGCCCGGGUACAGGGAGAACAAUAUGAGUUUAGUAGAAGUCAGGAUAUGGCCGUGCGCUCGAUGCGGAUGGGAUUUCGAGAUUUUGCCCACGAACUGGUAGGCGCAGUAGGGUCCGAGGUGAACCAUCGCCUCGCGAAGAUAGAACGAUUCUGUGUGGGCGCCAUUGAAGGCAUCAAGAUGACAGCUCCCAAGGAGGAAGAGGCACGUCCUCGCAGGGAGCCAGUCAAAGUCAAGUUCCCCGAUUCCUACAGUGGAAAGAGGGAAGAGAACUUUGACAAUUGGGAGGCCAACGUCAAGACCUAUGUGCACUUGCAAUAGGUCUCCCCGGAUCAGCACGUCCUAAUUGCAAUUCAUGCGCUUAGAGAUGAGGCUGCCAGCUUCGCG